GAUUCAGUUGGCCUUAGCCUGGACCUCUGAGGUCUUCGUGACGCACAGUGCGGGCUUGGCGAACAAGGUGCUGGAAUACUUCACGAACAUGCAGCAGAAGAGUCAGAAGAGCAUGGCGUCCCAGAAGGAGGUGUCCCAGGAGGCGUUUUUCGCAUCCCAAGUCCUCGGAUGUAUUGAGCAAGCUCGCCGUCAUGGCGGGUUGGACUCUGAGUGGACCAGCAUGUUGGCCGAGGCCAUCACGGCAAUCGGCAGCAUGCAUGCGCGGGUGGACUCCAUACUCAGAGAUCACGGCUGGCUGGGAAAUCAGUUCUCCGCGCCACCACGGAUCGACGAGCUCGCGAAAGACUUAGAGAGCUGUCGCAAGGCACGGGGUUAG